CGUGAGCGAGCCCUUCCAAAGCAUCUUCCGGAGCACGACACAUGUUGUACGACAGUAUGAAGUUUUUGGAAACGACUUCUAUGCCGUCGGUCUUUAAUUCUAGAGGAACCCACCGAAUCAUACCAGAGGAGAGAAAGUGUCAAUGGCAUUGCAUCCCAGGGGAUGAACUGGCAAGGUCUAUCCUGGUCUAUCAUAAGUUCACGUGCUAGACAGUCAGUCCUGCGGUCAAAAAAUUGGAUGACAUUACAGUGUCCUCUUGCACGCCGCAAUACGCCUACGUCGAUGAUCUAUUAGGUCGAUGGAUGCCCUAAAUGGGUCGAUGGCACCCCUGUAUGAACUUGAUUGGUGGCUGUGCCGCUGUGGGCAUACGCCCCAAGAACUCGUACCUUAAGGAGGGACCCAAUAACCUUAAGAUCACGAUAUUUCGCAAUGUCUUCACAUCUCGCCUCAUCGUGUUUCAAUUUCGCAGUAUGCGCCUUCUCAAUGCCCAUACCCGCCUUUUAGAGGAGUUUUUCGAUGUAGAUAUCACCCCAAAAUACGCGAUAUUAUCCCAUACAUGGGGUAAAGAGGAGGUGACGUUUCAAGAUCUACAGAGCGAAGACUACGAGUCUAAAACUGGGUAUCGCAAGAUUGAAGGCUGCUGUGUUCGAGCCGUUCAAGAUGGAUAUGAUUACGUUUGGAUCGACACUUGCUGCAUCGAUAAGAAGGACUCUUCGGAGCUCUCAGAAGCCAUCAAUUCAAUGUAUCAAUGGUAUUCGGCUUCUGCAGUUUGCUAUGUCUAUCUAGCAGACGUAGAGGCUGACGAAGGGAAGCAAAUCGAUGGCACCCUUCUGAGCAACAGCCGCUGGGUUGCUCGAGGCUGGACGCUCCAGGAGUUGCUAGCUCCGGCGAACCUUCUUUUCUUCGAUCAUCAUUGGCAUGAGCUCGGCUUCACAAGCAAAAACGCGAGCUCUAAUCAUGUGUCGGAUAUCACCUCCAUGUUAUCAGCUGCGACGAGAAUAAAUGAGAGUAUCCUCCGUGAUAGACGAUUAAUACAUCGAGCUACCGCAGCGGAAAGAUUCUCAUGGGCAGCCCAUCGCCAAACCACGAAAAAAGAAGACAUGGCAUAUUGUCUAUUGGGGAUACUUGGUGUCAAUAUGCCACUUCUGUACGGAGAGGGCGAGAGCGCGUUCAUUCGGCUCCAACGGGAAUAUAUUCGACAGUAUAAUGAUCCCACGUUGUUACUAUGGGGGUUCGGACUUCCGUGCCAAGAUUUAUUCUGGCGUUCUACAAGCGACUGGGCGUUAGCACCUUUCGUUUCGUUAUUUUCAGGCUUCAGCUCCCCUCCAAAAAUGGAAAGGAAUAAUGUACUCUCCACAUUUUCAUGCACUAACAACGGCGUGGAAGUUGAGCUUCUCCUUCUAGGAGUUGACAAGAACAUAAAACUUGCUUGCUUCGGAACAAGUGCAGAAUUCCCUCUUCAUCGUCGAAAAUCUUCGGAUCUGACGUUGGCUUCUCUUCUCUCGCCGCUGCGGCGACUAAAAAACGAGAGAACGGGCUCUACAGACCAAACUGUCAUAGCGCUUCCAUUACUAUACCGUCCAAACGAAUCCAGGGGCGAUUUUAAUAUAUACGAACGUGCUUUAUUAUGGCCUCCUUUUCUUAUACCUGAAAGUUUAUGCUGGAAUGCUGAAUGGACGAGGGUGUACAUUCAAGGUGUAAACAUCCAAUCCGUCUUGCUAAAACCGUCGCAUAAGAUCUAUCGUGAGUAUCUUGUGGACAUUGAAAUGUUGACCAAGGAGGGAUUCAGCCUAGAUGCUGUCUACCCCCCGGCAAAUGCCAUCUCCCUGACUACUCGGAUCACACUUCAAGUCCAGACCGAAGGAUUCCAACGAUUUUUUCUUAUCUUUAAGGGGCCUAACGAUUUGCCUCUUGGGUUAUUUCUUGAAUACGAGUUUGAAAAGACGAAACUACUUCAAUUGCGUGUAUCACUUGGGGAAAUGACCAUGAUGGACGUCUUACACUAUUUGAUACCACGUGGUGAGGCGCUGUCAGGGCGUGCACGAAGGAAAGCUUUGGCGAAAUUAGGAAGAUCUCUCCAAGGAGUGCUAGAUCCCGGGAUGACAAGUUUUAAAAUACCGGGAGAGCGGCUGGGAAGGCCUACGACAAACUACGCGAUCGUGACCGCACUCGUACGCCGUCUUGGCAAUUCUCAUUUUCGCUCUGUCAAGUUACAAUGGGAAGAGCAUCAUACAGAUCGUCACGGUAGAAGAAGCGAUUCUUCAACCGAAUACGACCUCUCCUCUCAUGGUGAGAUCGAACCAGGGCGUCCUUCGUUUGUAAAAAGUUGA